UCCGUAAGCACAGAGCAGCCCACUGGUGGAGGAGGAGGGUUCUGUAUGUAGCUUCUGUGGAAGUGGACUCAGUCGGGUUUCGUCUGGCUCUCAAGCCGACGGUUUGCGGCGCUUACGCGGCCAUUCUGGCGCAGACAACUUUGCGCCCCAAUUUCCCCCCUCCUCUGUGCGCGCGACUCUUCCACGUCUGGGUGAUGCGCACUGGGAAUAGAUCCACACUCCCUCCAGCCUCUUCCGCAUAUUGGAUUUCCACAAGCUGAGGCUAACCAGUGAGCUUUCUGGGAAAGGACGGCAGCGUUUUUGGAGACUUUUACGACCUGGUCGUACGUGGGAUUUAGGCGUUGAGUGGGUUCGGUUUCGAUGCUGCCCACUUUUGGACGAGGCCGUGCAAAGCAGUGCACACAUGGAUGCACGAUGCAUUUGAUUUAAGAGCAAAUCUGAUCCAGUCCAAAGUGCCAAAUUAAGCCCAGAUGGCGAACGAGAGUAACCGUACCAUUGUGGAAAAUUACAUCUGCCAUAAACUCUCCAAACGCGGGUACGAGUGGGGGUUCGGUGCCGCUUCUGAUGAAGAUGCUGCUAAUAACGGGCCACUAGUUGCCCCUUCGCCGACUUUGGUGCACCGGUGCCGCGAAGCCAGCGACGGGCCCGACGGCGACGGCAGUCCGCGCCUGUGCAAGCGGAGCCCCGGCUCUGAGCCUGACCAGCUCGCCGCCAUCCAUAGGGUCCUACGCGAGGCCGGGGACGAACUUGAGAGACUUUAUCAGCCGGACUUCACCGAGAUGUCGCGGCAGCUCUAUCUGUCCUCUACCACGGCCCAGAGGAGGUUCGCCGAGGUGAUCGACGAACUGUUCCGGGACGGCGUCAACUGGGGCCGGAUCAUCGCCUUCUUCGAGUUCGGCGGCACGGUGUGCGUGGAGUGCGCCACCAAGGAGGAGAUGACGUCGCAGGUGGACAACAUCGCCGAGUGGAUGACGGAGUAUUUAAAUGGACCCCUCAACAGCUGGAUACAAGACAACGGGGGCUGGGAUGCCUUUGUGGAGCUGUAUGACCGCCAGAGGGACUCAGUGUUCAGCUGUUCUUGGCCCUCCAUCAAGACCGUCUUCGGCCUGGCCGCUCUGGGGGCGGCGAGCCUCACCAUUGGCGCGUACCUGACACAGAAGUGAUGCGUCUCUUUUUAGCUUUCAUUUCUUCACUUUCCUUUAAACGCUCCUCAUCCUUAAUUCAAACCACGCCGUCUCCAUCCCUAAUAAAAAGACACAAAGUAGAUGGCAAGGAGAACAAGGCCACCUGCUUGUCUCCUAGUUGUAGCAUGAACAUGAGCCUUCUUUGUGUUAGCGUAGAUUGUAGUUGCAUGUAUCAUAUGGGAGCUGACAUGAUGGUGCCCCCCCUCACCACCACCACCACCACCACCAACACCAACACAGGAGAGGAAGCAGCUUGUCCCUGCUUGUUUGGCUGGAGGACCCCGUUUGAACUGUUGACUCCGGUUACCAUCCCUCUGUACCCCCCCAUCCAUCCUGACCACCAUCCAUCAAAGGACUUCCUGUGAAGAACAGCUGCUCAGAAUGAAUAAUGAACCAGCAUGGUGUGUGUUUGUGUGUGUGUACGUGUGUGUUUGAUAGUGUACACUGUAUGGACUAAAAUAUUGGGACACCUGGCUAUCAAAUAUCAAGUCAAAAUACAGAAGAACUUCUAAAAGGUCGCGCUCAGUCCCUGUAGAGAAGGAUGCAAAUAGAAAUAUAAAAAUAAAUCUCUUUCAGAGUCAAGCUGUACUUUUGAUACUUUUCUUUUUUUUUUUAGAGUUUUACAUAACAUUAUUAACUGUCUUUCAAGUGUAAAAGAAGUUAACUAAAAAUAACUAAAUACCUAAAAUUAAAGCAAAUCAAAGUAAAAUAAAUAACAAUUACUCACCCUUUGGCGACAGGUGAUGGAGGUGUAGCGUUGAAUAAAGGCAGAAAAAAAUGAAAACUAAAUUAAAACGAAACUAAAACAAAAACAAUAAAACUACUCAUCGUGUGUUGAUGCAGGAUGGAGCUCGCACUAACAUUUCUAGCAGUCAGACAAGUGUAAAAAGAAGCCAAGCGCUUAAGUGCGUUGUGACAUAAAUAACAGCGCAUGUCUGGGAGAUGAGUCUCUCCACAUUAACAGUAAACACAGCCGACUUCGGUGUUUAUGUUGCGUUCUUCUUGAGAUAUAGUUGCCAUAUUGUACUGAGCGGCCAGAACAGUGACAUGUGCAACUUGGCUUGUGGAAUAAAAAUUUUAGAUACUCAUUCCAGUGUAUUCUUCCCAAAUUUGUUCCACUGUAGAAGACUGUAAAGUAGGACAUCUAUUUGCAGCUACCACUUUUGUCCUCUAAAAAUGUUGGAUCUCAUGGGUCAUCAACACAGUUCUAGCAUUUAUGGACCUUGCUUGGCUUUCCUGCAUAAAAUUGUCCAUAAUGUCUUAAUUCAGGGGUCUAAACCAACUUGUGAUUGAUUAAGAGGUGUGGCUUAAUACUUUUGUCCAUAUAGUGUACUUCCUGGACGAUGACAAAGACGGUGAAGAGAGAGCGAGACAGACGUAUGUUGAAUAGAGCACAAAUAAAGAGAGAAGCAAAUGGGGCUGAAGUAGGGAAUUGAACCUUAAAAAGAUGCAUUCCUGUUCAACAUUUAGCAUCCACUUCUUUGCGCCUAUAUUUUUCAUUUCUUGUAUGUCUGUGUUGUCCACCUGCGUGCUCCGACUGCCUCACUAGUAACCUCACUCACUCAGAUCCGGCACGUCACAGAAGCAGUUGAGGAGUUCAAAUUACAAAAAGAAAAAGAAUUUAAAAAAAAAAAAAAGUGUUUCCCGUGCGCUGGAACCCGAGAAGUCCAUCUGCUCCAUCUAUCGAUUGACUCCUGUUUUAUUGAUGUUUGUCUUGUGUUACAGUCUGACCCAAAAACUGGAAGUGAUUUUUUUUGUGUGUACAUUUUCUUGUUGUUAACAAAAUCUUUGCAUGAGCGAAAGACACUGAUCUUUAACCAUAUUUAUACAUCAGCAUAGCAUAGGAGAUGACGCGGAAAAAAAAACCCAAACAUUGUCGUAUUUAUUGAGAGGUACCAGUCUGUUUUUGUUUCUAUGGAAUAACACUGUAACAAUAUCAUUUCUGGCUGCUAUUAUAACAAGAAAAACACAAUGUUUUUAAAAGUGUGCUGUCAAUAUUGGCUUGAGGCUGCUAUUCAUUUAAACUGCCACAGUCUAGUCCUAGAUAGCUGCAAACCAAAGUCAUAUUUUUUUUAAUGUAAAUCAUGAAAAGUAGCCUAAACGAGGAAAAUAUGUCGCUUCACUUUGUCUAUAAUGUUACUGUACACUAAUAUAAUCAGCUUUGUGCUCCUCUGUGCUGUAACUUGUCCAUCAUCAUCUGCUGUGUGUUUGUGUGUGCGCGCAGUCAGGCACAAUGCAAAAAGCAAGCCACAGCUAAAACAGCAAUACUGUUUUUUUAUUUUUAAAUUGUUUCGAUAUAUUCCUUGUGCAUAUAAAGAAGAAUGUAGGCACUAUGGUUGCUGUACUGUUUUACACCUAUAAUCGCAAACCUGUAGCACUUAAAGAGAGGAAAAAAAAUAAUAAAGUGAAAUGUGUCUUUUUUUUUGUUGUUUACUGCUAUAAUCCACGAUAAGCUAGGCCGGGAUCGCAUUGUUCCUAAUAAAACACAUUUGUCAAGUGGC